AUGUUUAAAGACUUGGUCAAUCUGUCUUCAUGCAACACUUCCUUGUUGCUGCAGUCCGUCCCAGGGCUGCUCAUAUCCUUGGUAGGGCUGAUAAUGACGGGAUCAGCACUCAUAGAUGCUACCAACGAUGCUAGUUUGGAAGAUGUCCCAAUCAUUCUUGAAACAAACUGCAUUCUGGCAUUCAAAGGAAACACAGAGGUCAUAUUUGCAAUGUAUCUCUCAUCAAUGAGCCAGUCUCCUCUCUUUAUGUACAAAAAGUACUUCGGAUAUGUCUUUGUUAACUCCAAUUUAGUCUUGGCGCAAUCUGCCAUAAUAGGACUUACCAUAGGGCUAAUAGGCAUAAUAGGGGUCACUUUGUCAGGAGAGCUGCACACAGAAUUGGUAAUGUCCAUGGUUACAGGUUCACUUGUUUCGUGCAUACUCACCACCGCUAUGUUCAUAGUGCUUCUCGUAAUAUCCAUAGAGAUAUCCAAGGUGAUGGGCAUCAAUCCAGACAAUAUCAUCCUCCCAACCAUAUCGUCCUUUGGCGAUUACAUGAAUGUAAAGUCACUGAUGUACUUCACAAAGAGGUUUAGGGGUAUUUCGAUUCCGUUGUCCCUUACAUACAUAUUCUUGUCUGUUUCCAUUGUGCCUUUGUGCCUCUGCUUUGCACUGUCCGGCAAAAAGCGGAUCCCCAUCCAGCCUAUAGAGGUUCUCGUCAUGACAUAUGUGAUCAGCACAGCCAUCGGAUAUGUCCUUGAGAAUUUUUCUGUCAGGUUUCCAAUUCUUGCUCCAUCGUUUCCUGUGUUUAGUGGGAUGUCUGUGUCAAUAGCACUAAUUCAUCUCCACAAGAUAUUUACAUCGAUCAACAAUCAAACAAUCCAUAAUAGUACAGAGUCCUACAUAACACUGACACUAGUUUCUUUGUUAAUGUCGCUAAUAUAUCUUGUAGUGGCAAUGCUAAUGGGGCUCCAAUACUCCACAGAGUUCUGUAUAUUAUUCACAAUAUCCUUUGUCCUCCAUGUUACAAUUUUACUGAAAGGCAUUUCGAUUCUUAUCGAGUAUCUGGACAAAAAAGAAGAGGAUACCAGCGUUAUGGCUCUCCCGUUUAUCACUUCGGUCUCAGAUGUUCUUUCUGCUGGUUUUCUUCUAGCAGUAGUUAUUGUUCUAGACACAUUUGGUGUAAAACAUAAUUUUUAA